AGAGAGAGGAGCAGCAUGCUGAGGAGGAGCAGGUGUGAUUCAUGAGUAAGCUGCUCCUUGGCACCCUGUGGGAUACUGAUGAAACAAAUAGAAUUUCCCCAGGCAUGGAUAAUACGAGAACAGCAGACACUUUUUCACAGUUAAGCCAGGAAAAAAUCCUCAAAAUCAUGAACAUGGUGAAAAACAAAGAAGUGAGCAUUGAGGGAGCUCUGCAUUUGGCGCAGAGGGAGGGGUAUGCUGAGAAGGAUCCCCAGGAUUUGUUAACUGGGUCCCAAUUUAACUUCAUUAUCUACAAAUACAAACACUACCGCUGGCAGAAACGGAUUCUGCAGCUGGAUUUCAGCAGCAGGACCAUCUUUAACAUCGAGAAAGGCACCAUCAGGAAGCAGUUCCCUUUCUCCCAGGUCAGGGGCUGCGAGGACUCGGAGAGGAGGCGUUUCAGCAUCCUGUUCCACGGCAGGCAGCACUACGAGCUGGAGGCUGUGUCCCUGGAGGACAAGAGGAAGAUAAUCUACCUGCUGAGCAGAGUUAUUCAGAGCAAUUCUUACAAGAGACCAGUGGAGUCCUGGCCUGGGAGAGCUGCAGAAUGUGAUGUGAUCCACGAAGGGCUGCUGGAUUUGCAGGAGAACACCUUAACCUCCACUGAAUGGGUGAAGUGCCUGGCAGAGCUGCGGGAGGGAGAGCUGACCCUGUACAGCCUGGGGCACAGGAGCCCUGCAGCCACCAUUGCCCUGGCAGCCGGGAGCCUGGGGCUGGGCAGGGACGGCGCCUGCAGCUGCUUCUCCCUGCACGCCGGGGACCACCGCUACCUGUGAGUACAGCUGUGCAUUAAAGAUCUGCCAAAGCACAGCCGGGGCUGCACUGCUCUCCACGGAGAAAAGCAGGGCACCGCUUCCCAGGGAUGUUUGCUGGGAAUCGCAGAGAGGAGCCUCAGAGAAAGAAAAAGCCAUUUUAAUUUCAUUGUCUGUGCCAAAGUAGAAUGCGACGUGGAGAUUGUUCACCCAGGGUGAUGGGGUUUUGUUUC